AUGCAGAGUGGAGUAAAUCAAAAUAAAAAUACUAAACACAGGUUUGAAUGUUAUAACUGUGGAAAGCGAAGACACUUUGCUAGAGAAUGUCGUGCUCCAAGAAAAUUUAAGUCAAGAAAACCUCAACAAGAAGGUGCAGAUAUGUUAGCGUUUUAUGUAGAGAAUAACGCGUCUAGCACAGAAGAGAAUACUUGGAUUCUAGACAGUGGAGCCUCUGCACAUAUGACUUAUAGAAAGGAAUUCUUUAUGGAACUGGUUGAAUGCAGUCAGAAGAUAAUAACUUUAGGAAACAAACAGUCUGUAGAAGUGUGUGACAUUGGUAAAGUGUUGAUAAAAAGAUAUAUAAAUGGACAGUGGAAAUCCAGUGAACUACUUGAUGUGUUGUAUGUCCUAAGUCUGCGAAGAAACUUAUUCUCAGAAGGUGCCAUAAUAAGAAGAGAUUACACUAUUAUAAAGAAAGAUUCAAAUGCAUUGAUCUAUAAAGAUAAUCAAGUGGUUAUGAGUGCCAGGAUCAGAGAAAAUAAUUUAUAUGAGCUGAAUAUAAAAGCAAUCACCCCAGAUAUUUGCAACUUGGUCCAGAAUAAUCAAAGUGAUAUCAAAAUGUGGCAUGAGCGACUGGGACAUCUAAACCUAAAAGAAAUUAAGAGUAUGUGUGCAAAUAAUGUUGUUACAGGUUUGGAAAUUAAUGACAAUGAUAAAAACAAUUUUGUAUGUGAGGCAUGUGCAUACGGAAAGCAGUGCAGGUUUCCAUUUCACAAAUCUGUACGAGGAGAACUACAACCUGGAGACUUAGUGUACAGUGAUGUCUGUGGACCAAUGUCUUGCACAUCAGUUCAAGGAAUGUGA